AUGCCCGAAGUCGAGUAUCCAGAUUACAGGCUACAUCCUUGGGUCUUUCAGGAAUGGCUGAGAGGCAGGUUCAGGGAUAACACCAUUCGAGUCGAGUGCAAAAACGCCUGCUUUGUCUUCCACUUGCCAGAUGGCGAAGAACUAACAGAGGCAGAGAUAUGUGAACUGAGAGGUAAAUCAAGCUGGGAAAAGCCAAGCUCGAUAACAAAAUUCCGAAAAUGGGUUAUGCAAAACCAGCGCAUUGGUCUCAAUGGCUUUGAACAGACGGCAACAUACGUUUCCGUCUCUUCUCUCAAGGACUAUUGGACCAAUGCCCGAAUUCAAGAAGUGUUGGAAUUAUGUCUAAUUGAAGCUGAUAUAGAACAAAUUGCAGAGAGAUUUCUACGCACCUUCUCUCUGCUAGUCCAGAUUGGCCGUCAUAGAGACAUCAAAAUAUUUCUUGAUAGGGAUUUUGACGAUGAAACUUUCGCUUCACCUGGCCUAGCCCAAGGGAGACUGCCUGACUUUUCUGAUAUCUUCGAAAAGCAUUGGAGUUUCUUCCCUGUCGAGUUCAAAAGUCAUUUAACCCAAAGGCAGGAACUGCUAUCUCGCCAAAUCCUGCCUAUUAAAUAUUACGAAUUAUUCAAGAAAGGAAAUAGGAGGUCCGAAUCGGCUCUGGCUAAGGUCCAGAUAGAGUCUGACUACUGCGACCUGGUGCCAAAGGACACCCCACUUGUUUUCAAGAUUUAUAGAGGAGAUGAGCUGAGGGAAGAUUUUAAGGUCGAGACUGACAACUAUUCGAAUCUGAACGGCGAAGCUCAGCACGCUGUAACCAAGUGCUAUGGUUCAUUUUCAUGCGAAGAAACGGAUUUUCGUGUUAUCAUACUGGAAUACGCCAGUGAAGGAAGCCUACGUAGUUUCUUUCGCAAUAUUCACCCACCUGUCUCUGUUUUGGAAUUUCGAGAGCUUUGGGUCAACUUAGUAGGGCUCUUGGACGGCCUCGAGGCUCUUCAUACGUGCCACGAUUCAAAACAGGGAAUCCAUCAAGACAUCAAGCCAGACAAUAUCCUGGUAUUUCCAAAGUCUUCGGAAUCCCGGUUUGAUGUUCGAUUUAAACUGACAGACUUCCAUGUGACAGAGUUCAAACACUUAGACAGAGAAGGCAAGAUGAUGAUCAAUAACUGGGGAAGUCGAUUAUAUACUAUGCCGCCGCCUGGUCCCGGGAAGGGUAAGGAAGCUUGUCCAGGGGAGUCACCCGCGUCCAAGUCAAAAUAUCUUGCACUUUGUGUUCAGACAGGCCCGAUUUAUACGACUCUCAAAGAGUUCGACACUUCGAGCUUUAAGUCAGAUGCAGCUUUACUCCAGGAGAUGAAAAGUGUGUAUACCAGGAUUCGGGGAGCAAGAUCUAAACACAACUCUCUUUUCAUACCUAUUGGUUUGGAAUUCGUCAAGUUUACGCUUUGGAAUCAAAAACAUGGCUACAUAUCAAUAUGCGAUAGACCCGACAGCGUGCCCCCCAAAACACAACUUGAGUAUGACUAUGACCCUAAACCUCUUGACUUCUUGCCUCCUAUGCCAGCGCAGGUGUUCCUUCACUAUCUUGAACAUGGAGAAGAGGGGUGGAAUAAACUGCGCUACCUCUGGCUUCCUAAGCUUCCUGUUCGCCGAGAGAAGAGAGUAAUCGAAGGCCACGAAGCUUCAUACGGAUGGGGCAUACAUAUCAUCGAGGGGCCAAAUCGGUGGGCCAUUUUCGCAAUGCUUCUUACCACCGUGUUUGGGAGUGCCUUGGCUGCUCUCCUUUGGUCAGCUAUUCAUAAUGAUAUCCAGGGCGGAACGGGGCUAGGACAGUUGAUAAUAGCAUUGUCUUCGGCAAUACUAACUGCGUCUUUGUUUAGAUUGGGGUACUUAUAG